AUGCCCGCGGCGGUCGCGGCGCGGCCGUUUCCGCACCCCGCCCCGGUCGCCGGGACCGCGGGGAGCCCUGCGGACGCACUGCCGCUUCGCAGGGUGUUCCAGGCUGACGCCUUCGAGGAGGCGUGCGCGUCCAGGCUCGGGUACGAUGCCGACGAAGUCAAGGCCGCGAGCGACAUCCUGAUGGAGGCUGCGCCGCUGAUGGUCGGCAAGCACGUCGUCGUCCCCGACGACUCGAUGAACCCCGAGCAGUGGCAGGCGUGCGCCGCCUUCAUCGCCGCGGGAAUCAGGCGCGCGUCCGAGCACGCCUCCACCGCGGCUUCCAGAUCGGGCGGGAAAAAGCGUCCGGCGCCACCCGCCCCGCCCGACGCCGUCGCGUCGCUCACCGACGUUCUCCGCGCGUUCGACGUCAACUGCGUGGAUUUCUUCAGGGCCCUGCGCAAGUUCAUGAUGGCCGCCGCCGUGCCCCUCAACGCGCGCCUCAAGGUUGCGGCCAAACCCACCGGAAGGAAGGCGGGUGGAUCUGAUCGACGGGGAGGUCCCGCGUCCCCCGCUGAAGCCCCGAACGACGACGCCAGCUGUGACGACGCCGGGCUCCAACGCUCACCCGGCUCCAACGCCGAGAAUGACGUCACCAACGGCGGCGAGGGCCUCAACGAGCUCGAGGCGCUGCUCUCCGUGUCGGAGCUGCGAACGUCUUUCGCGUUUACCAAAGUCGCGGCGCAGAAGUAUCGCCAGUUCCUGGACGUGCACUUCGACGUCGCCGCGCCGGGCGGGGUGGACCUCGCGAGGCUCGGGUGGAAGCUCUACCUCGCCGCGAAGCACUCGCUGCUGCCCAAGUUCCCGGACCUGUACUCGUGCUACCACCUGCUCGUGGUGGUGCAGGCGUUUCUCCUGGUCAACGCGCCCCGAGGGUUGACGCGGACCGAGCUGCGGAACAUGGUGAGCAUGAGCGUGAAGGACGACGCCGGGGACGUCGACGCGCUCGCCUCGCUGAGCGUCACGUCCAAGACGAAGCUCCCGCUGCUGCGGAGCACCAUGGAGGAUUUUCAGAGGGUGAUUGUGCAGGGGCUCGUCGCGGCGGAGCUCGGCGGCGGUGUCGACUCGACUCGAGGCGCCCCGACGCGGCGCUCCUCCGCGAGGGGGGGCGGGGGCGCCAAGGCGAAGGACGACCCGUCGCCCCCGUCGCCGUCGUCGUCCGCGCUGCAGCCCGCGGAGUCCCCAGGCGAGGGCCUCGCCAAGGCGGGCCCGGCGCGAUUCCCCGCUCUGCUCCCCGAUGGGGGCUCAAGCGACGAGGCGACACGACGGGGGCUCGCGGCGGCGCACGCGGCGGCGGACGCGGCGUACGCCAAGGCGUGCGCGCCCCUUGGCCACCUCCGUUUGGACGAGCGCCUGUACCUCCCGACGGACGCCGAAACGGAGGCUGACUCGCUGAGGGUGCUCGGCGACAUCAAGAAGCCGGCGGCUGUCGGGGGCAGCGGCGGCGUCGCGGCGACGCCGGGACCCGGGAAGAACCUCGACGGCGUCCACGGGGGGACCCAACCCGGGGGCGUCCCAGGGACGCCGUGGCGGCUCACCAGCGCCGCGCGGUCGCUCCUGACGGGCCGAUCCCCCGCGAGGUUGGGCACGCCGUACGGCGCUCCGGGGUCGGCGCGGUUGCCGGGCGGCACCGGGUCCACCGCCGCGGCUAACGGCGGCGGGGUUGUUGGGGGAGGGCAAACAACGGCCGGGCCCCGCACCCCCGCGGUGCCGUUCACGCCAAUCUCCGAGGCGAUGGCGUCGGCGGCGUGGCUCCACGCCAUCGUCGCGCCGCCCUCCCCCAACGGCACCCCCAAGCGACCGAGCGGCCAGUUGGAGCCGACGCAGAGGCUGGCUCGUUUCGUGUCUGACGAGGUGGCGAAGAAGCUGAUGGACAGCGUUCACAACCUGGCGGGCAAGACGAGCGCCGCGCUGCGCGAGGACGCGUUCCUGGUGACGAUCAACGGCGUCGGCUUGCUCGCGGGGCAGGGGCACAACGUGAGCCUCGACAACCUGGUGAAGCGACGGCAGGAGGAGGCGGUGCGCGUCUUUGCGUACUUUCUGGAAUUGAUUCUGGAAAACGAACAGAGGCACGUGAUUCGCCAGGCGGAGGCGGCCAAACCCCCGGCCAAGCCCCCGGCGAAGACCGCGUCUCCCACCGCCGAGAGGCGGGGAUCCGUCGCGGACAUCGCCGCCAUCGCCGCCGAGCAGAAGGAGGACGCCCUGCUUCCCCCGCCGCCUCCCACCGCGGCGCAGCGCGCGGGCUUCGAAGCCUUACUCGGCUCUGGGAGGUUUGUUCGAUCCGUGCUGGCGUGCUCGAUGGAGGUUGUCGUGGCGUCGUACAAGACUGCGACGCUCAAGUUUCCGGCCAUCCCGCGCUUACUCGGCCUCGACGCCUUCGACGUGAGCUCCAUCAUCGAACCCUUCGUCCGCGCGGACACCACCAUGCCGCGGGAGGUGAAGAAGCACUUCAACGCGCUGGAGGAGACAAUCAUGGAGACGUUGGCGUGGAGCAAGGGUUCGUCGCUGUUUGGUUUCAUGCGAGCCGCCGAGAGCGGUCAUCUCCCGGCGAGGGGACCCGCCGCGGCGGCGCUCGCGGCGGUAUCCGGGCGCGGACAGCCCGGCGCCGGGGAUGGACCCGGCGCGGACGACCCGGCGUCGCCCGCCCCAGCCUCCGCCGAACUCGCGGGCUCGCCCGACGGGGGGGCGCAAACGGCGAUGAGGCGCGAGCGAUCCUUCUCCGUCGCCGCCGUCGCCGAGGCGGCUGCGGAUGGCGAGGAUCUUCCGGGCACUCCCGGCGGGAGCCCCGCGGGCCGGACGAGGCGGACGGAUAAGGGUGAUCACAUCGCCGCCUUCUCCACCCCGCUCAAGGGCGCCACAACCCCGGCGCGCCCCGGUCAGACGAAGCCGCGGCUGUCCAUGGGGGGCGCCGACGCCGAGCCGCUCCCGAAGCGAUUCGUUCGCGAUGCGCUGACUUUGCGAAAGGAGACUCCCACGAACGGUCGUCGAUCCGUCGAUCCGUCCCCCAAUGGGGGUGCCGCGUCGUCUUCCACCUCUGUUCCGGAUCCCGCCGUGGUCAACUCGCUGCGCGUGUUUUUCGCCAAGGUUAUGCGCCUGUCCGCUCGGCGUCUGGCGGAUCUCUGCGAGAGGCUCUCGCUCCCGGCGGCGCUGACGCAACAGAGCUACGCGCUCGUCGAGCACGCCCUGUACGAGCACACCUCGCUGCUGUACAACAGGCACCUGGACCAAGUCUUGCUGUGCGCGGUGUACGGCGCGUGCAAGGUGAACAAGGAUAUGUUGCUGAAGGGCCGCACGGUUCCCUUCAGGGAGAUUAUAUACCAGUACGAGAAGCAGCCGCAGUGCCGCGAGGAGGUUUUCUGGACCGUGAUCUUAACGCAGACGGACCCGGAGCUGGAGGUGAAGCAGCAGGGCGACAUCAUCGAGUUCUACAACAAGGUGUUCGUCCCGGAGAUUAAGGCGUUUUUGCUCUCCUUAAAGUCGCGGUCGCCGGCGAGCGCGGGGCCGUCGCCGAUGAAAUCGCCGAGCGGUGGGCCGCAGACGGCGAACGCCGCCCCGAUGUCGCCCCUGCCGGCGGGGCUGCAAUCGCCCCGCGUCAUGCUCGGCGGGAUCAGGCAGAACGUGUACGUCUCCCCGAUGCGCAGCGAUAAGGCGCUGGCGUCACUCGCCGGGACGUUCACGCCGAGGUCGAAGAGCCUUUACGCGUUUCUCGGGGAGAGCACGCACGCGUAUCAGUCGCCGGCUCGAGACCUUAACUUUAUCAACCGCCGCAUCUCGUCCUCCGCGGGGGGAAACGGCGGCGUCGACGGCGUCGGCGGAACGGGCGUCGGAGGGGGAACGGGCGGCGGGAACGGUGGGGUGGCGGACGUCGCGGGGGAGGCUGCGGCCUUGCCGAGGGCGGCGACGGGUGGGGUGAAACGGGACGGCCCGCCCACGUUUGACGAGGGAUCCCCGGGGGACGGGAAGCCCCCCAAGGCGCCGCGGCUGGCGUGAGACGCUACAUAGUCGCCAGCCACGUAAAUGAUACGUACAGCUACAUAUUGUACA